AGACAUGGAGGCAAAAAGUGUUGUUAUUUUAUAUCCUAAAUUAGUUAUGGAACAUUAAGGGUUGUGGUUGUUACAGGUGAGAAAAGUAAUGGUGCAUAUAUUAAAUGAAAAUAAAAUAAAAUAAAAGGAAAGAAGGUUGAUCAUAUUCCACGUUUGCAGUGCUGAAAGUACUCUCAUCCAUGCAAGAGAGGAGAAGGAGAAAGAGCAUAACAAAGCAACAUCAUUCAUUCCUUUUGAUUUCUUUUCAUCCAUCCAUGCAAAUAAUGCAAAUGUUACUAUGUCGUCUUCUUCGUCUUCACCAUCAUCAGAAUCAGAUCACAGAGGAGGAACAGCAGCAUCAACAGCAUACAACACACCACCAAUACUCGUAGCUCUCGUCCUCAUCGUCCUCGUCAUCUGCUUCGUCUGCUUCACCCUCCUCUACUUCUGCCGCUGCUACUUCGUCAGCAUCAUCCACACCCUCGCCUUCCACCGCUCCCCCUCUGCCAACGCAGCCACCACCACCACCGCCUCCGCCACCGCCAACACCAUCAACAACGCUCCUAAUUCCCCCUUCAUGGGCCUCGACGCUUCCCUCCUCCACGAAUUCCCCACCUUCCCUUAUUCCUCCGUCAAGGAUCUCCGCAAGGAGAAGAAGUACGCCCUUGAAUGCGCCAUCUGUCUCUUGGAGUUCGAGGACGACACCGUUCUCCGCUUGCUCACCGUUUGCCGCCACGUGUUCCACCAAGAGUGCGUUGAUCUCUGGCUUCAACGACACAAGACCUGCCCCGUUUGCCGCACUGAUCUUGAAACCAGAAAGUCUUCUGCUUCUUCGAUUACUCACGAUCACGACAGGCAGAGUGCUGCUGUUGGAGACGACGGUAAUGGUGAUGAUGACGUCUGCAUUGACGUCAAAGAAGGCGACGACGACGGUAUUAACAGAUUCUUGCGGUCGCAUUCGACGGGGCAUUCAAUAGUUAUGGUUAGAGAAGAAGGAAGAAACGACGAAGAUGAUGAUAGGUAUAGGUUGAGGUUGCAGGAGGAUGCAGAGUUGAGAGUUGUUAACAAUGAUAUGAAGAAGAAGAAGAAUCACCAAUACUCGAGAAGCUGCGAGAGUUACAAGGAGAUGAUGAUGAUGAUGGCGGCGGCUAAGCCCCUUGUUCCGCCUUGUACUAACUGUGGUUAUGUUGAUCAUCACACUCUCUCCGCUCCUUCUUCUUCUUCGCGUGUUGGUGCUAACUGAUACUUGAUUUAAUUAAUUUCUUAGUAUAUAUGUAGCUAUUUAUGUAUAUUAGAAUAUUUUUCUUGUUAAUCCGGUAAUAAAGCCUUUAGGAGAAUCAUUUUUACUUAGCAAUAGCAACUCAUAUUUAUGUAUACU